CUCGCGCUGCCGCUUCUGCAAGAUGGCGGACUGGGAUGCGGAGACUCUCGACACUGUGUAUGCCAGCAUGCGAGAUGAUAUUAGCUCCACAAAGCUGCGUUUUCCUGCUUCCAAGGUGGCGGCGAUCAUUGGGCUACAUGAGUAUGGGGAUCCCGUGGAAGACUUUCUCGAGUUCUUGUACCAGGACUUGGACGACCUCUUGGCAUUGGAUGCUAGUGUCCUCCACAUGGAAGUGACCACGAAAGACGCCGAGCUUGAUGCGCUGAUCCGCAAAUCCGGCGCCGACUCCGCCCUGAACACCCUCCUUCAAUGGACGACUGACACCCGAACCACCGCCAAGGUGAAUCACGCGCUUGGCCUGUCUGACAAUGCCAAAAGUGUCAUCGACAAAGCAUGCAAGAAGAACAAGUUGACGACGGCGGAAGCCAAGACCUUACAUCAAGGCCUGGCCUCCAAGGUGUGGCAGAGUGUCGGCAAGCGCAACGAGUCUCUUGCUAUUCAACUAUACGAAAACCAGCAUGGCGUGCGUGUCCACUCGACCAAUGACAAGCUAUACUACCUCUACUUUCCGCACCCCAUCCAAGCCAAAGCACUGACGACAGGCGAUCUCCCAUCUUGUGGCUGCCGUCAAGCCAUCGCAUUGGAACAUUUCAUUGAACGAGUCGAAGUCGACAAGAUGACAUCAUCCGCGUCCGUCGGGGAAGGAGGCUCACAGCAUCGCACAGGGCAGCAUUUCUCCAUUUGCGGCAUGAUCGACGGUGUCGCAGACGUGCUGAGCAUCAACGACGUCGACGACACGUGGUCGACCGAGCUCAUCCUCGUCGAAGUCAAAAACAGAAUGCGUCAAUUCCGCCACCCCGUGCCUCUGUAUGACGUGAUUCAGAUGGCCGUGUACAUGAAAAUGCUGGGGGUGCGCCAAGGCGACAUGGUCCAGUGCAUCCAUCAGGUGAUACUGUUUGAGGUUAUCUAGUUACAAGAAUGUGUUUACGAUGCAAGGGCCCCACCACCUCCAUCCACGUCACGCGAAUAUCAUUCGACAAGUACCCGCUCACGUCGACGGCGGUCCCGUGCAGUUGCACCCCCACCGACCUCUGGGUGUCCCUUGUCGUCCCUCGGAUGUACACUUACGCAAGUGUGAUUUAUGCAUUCCGCAGCCACGACAGUCGGCGACGAGCGUUCGUGCAAGCGUCGCCGCGUGACCAAAGGACACUUUUGAGGGAGGCCCUUCCGUUUCUCUAAGGUUUCUUUUCCUACUUGAUAUAAUAUGCAUGCUGCCACGUCCAUG